AUGAGUACCGUCAAGCGGGCCCAUGAACAGGCGGACCCAAACAAAACAGCCCCCGCAAACAAAAGACUCAAUCCAGGACCAGAUGAUGGGAGUACUGGUGCAAACAGGGUGUGCCAAAUUGACCCAGAUGGGGAUCUCUUUCUGUACACCCCAGGACAUCGUCUCUCGGCCGACGACGAUCACGAUGCAACUUUCCUCGUCUCAUCUAAACAUUUGACCCUCGCAUCCGCAUGGUUCAAGGCCUACCUAUCAGAUCGCUGGUACCGGGACCCGGUACCGGCAGAUGAGGGUAGAGCUAAAAUAGCAAUCAAGGACUGUCGACCGGAAACCCUGCUCAUUCUGUUAAGAAUGAUCCACGGAUUCUCCCGAAAGGUCCCUCAGAAAGUAUCGUUUGAGCAGUUGGUCGACAUCUCCCUCGCUGCAGAGUUCUAUCAAUGCACAGAAGUCGUUGAACCGUACGUUCACACGUGGAUGAGGGUAGACCAAGUCUGGAACCCGACGGACGAAGAUCCAAACUUUGUCGCGAAAUGUAACAUUGUCGCUUGGAUAUUCAAAAUUGAGCACGUCUUGAGUGUCGCCACGAAAGCCGCGACAGAAAGCAGCACCGAUCCCUUUGAAGCACCAGACCUACCAUUUCCUGCGUUCAUCAAAGAUGCAAUCGACAACAACAGGACAGCUUGGUUGGGCAUGGUUUUACGUGAAAUUGAGACUCACGUGGCCCAAUUGCUGUCAGCAAAUUGUCUCCCAGAUUGUGAUGCGUAUUACUUGGGGCGCGUUCUUCAGCAUCUGGCAAGACACAACGUCUUCUUUCGACUGCCCCCCCAAACCUCUUUGCCAUUUCUUGCCACUUCUGCUUCACUGUCAGGAUUGAGUAUCCAGAAUAUUCGCGAUAUGAUCGAGUCCCUCAAUUGCGAUCCUUCUUACUCCCACAGCGGCAUGUGCCUCAACAGACUGGCACCUUGGGGCCAGGACGUACCUGGUAUUUCGCACUUGGACUGUGCAGAAUUCAGGAUUCCUCAGUGA